AUGCAGGUCAGAAAGACAGAAUGUAAUCCACUGUCAUAGCAAUUCACUAUAGGCAGUUCCAUUGUUUAACUAUGCACACUCUAUGAAGAACUUUCUUUUAUCUGUCUUGAAUCUUCCAAUGUGCAGCUUCAUUGCAUUCUAGUGUUGCAAGAGAGGGAGAAAACGUUUUCUCUAGCUACUUGCGCCAUGCCGUGGAAAGUUUUAAUAUACUUGUAUCAUGUCACCUCUUACCUUUUCUCUAAACUAAAAAGUCCAAAAUGUUGCAACCUCAUAGGGGAGUUGCUUCAUCCCCUUUAUCAUUUUGGUUGCCCUUUCUGAAACCUUUUCCAGCGUGCCGUCUCGCCACAGACUUGUACAAUGCUAUCAGUUUUAAAAGUAUAUCUUAAACUGUAUAGCACUUUGCCCCUUUAAAUAUUUAAAUGGUGUUUCAGCUUUUGUGCAUCCCUUUAAUACAAAUAAGGGACAUGGAUGGCGCUGUAGUCUAAACCAGAGCCUAGGGCUUGCCGAUCAGAAGGUUGGCGGUUCGAAUCCCCACGACGGGGUGAGCUCCCAUUGCUCUAUCCCUGCUCCUGCCAACCUAGCAGUUUGAAAGCACGUCAAGUGCAAGUAGAUAAAUAGGUACCGCUCCGGCGGGAAGGUAAAUGGCGUUUCCAUGCGCUGCUCUGGUUCGCCAGAAGCGGCUUAGUCAUGCUGGCCACAUGACCCAGAAGCUGUCUGCGGACAAACACCAGCUCCCUCAGCCAAUAAAGCAAGGCGAGUGCCCCAGAGUCGUCCGCGACUGGACUUAACGGUCAGAGGUCCCUUUACCUUUAAGACAAAUGUGUGGUAGUAUUUUAUGUACAUAUGCAACAUAAUUGCCAGGGAUUUGGUGAAUUUAUAAUUGAAGAUUGCAGACAAGAAUAAAAGUGUGUGUGUAUUUCAGAUUCCUUAGCACUUUUGGGUGCAGCUCUGUGUGCAUGGGAAGGAAAUCAGUGAAGGCUCUUCACUCUCCCUACCAGGUUCUUGGUGUCUAUAACAUCAGCCGGCAUGAAUACAAAACAGGUUUAAAAAGGUGUUGCAUACCUUCCAUGUAUGCUUUAAUCUUAGGAGAGCGAACGUAUACCAACCCCACUCCAGCAAAUUCCCGUUGAAAGGGAUUAAUGCCACUAGUUUCAAUGGGAUGUUCUCACAAUUAACAUCAGCUAGAUUGGGGCUAUCAAACUGAUAGAGGAUUCAAUAUCGUAUGGAUUUUUCAGAUUUAGGUCUUAACAACUGACCUUGUGUCUUGGAUUUUUCAGGCUCUCUCUUAAGGUAUUAGGUGUUUCUUGGAGUCAAAUUUACAGUGGUACCUUGGUUCUCAAAUGUAAUCCGUUCUGGAAGUCCGUUCGACUUCCGAAACAUUAGAAAACCUAGGCGCGGCUUCCAAUUGGCGCAGGUGCCCUAGAAACAAUAGUCGACAGCUGCAUCGGACGUUCAGCUUCUGAAAAACGUUCGAAAACCAGAACACUUACUUCUGGGUUUUUGGUGUUUGGGAGCUGAAAUGUUCAAGUACCAAGGCAUUUGAGAACCAAUGUUCCCCUGUAGUUUGGUUUAUCUUCUUCCUAUAGCUUUUCAUAAUAUGUCUUUCACCCAACUAAUCAAAGCCCCAGAAUGUUCCACCUUGGUCCUGAGCAUUGGCUUUCCAGAAACUUGCUGCAUUUUCAGCUCAGCCCAAUUAUAGCCAUUUAACCUAUUCCUACCCAGCUCUACAAGCAGGACACAGAAUGCUGAUUGCUAUAGGUGGGGGUAGAAAAACGGAGAUGGAAUGGAGUAUCCUGGAAGAGGGUAUGGUUCACUGACUGGAACCCUGAACAGGAGCUCUCCACAUGCAACCUUUUGUUGUAUUUAUAAUUAUCCAGUCCACACUAUUUCAUUUUAUAACAAUGCCAUUGUGUCACCUAGUUGCUCUUCCACAUACUUUACAUGUACUACAUGUUUAAUUGAAGAUUCUGUGAUAGUUUCUAAAUCCUUUGGGAUGUAAGUAUUUCAUCUUUAAAGCCUGUCUCAGCUUGAGUAAUAGGAAACCAUAUCUCAUCUCAAAGUAAUCCAAUUUCAGCAUUCAGGAGAAGAUUCAUAAAUCCUUAUUAGAAGAGACAAAAGACAGGCUAUUGCCUUUGCCUCUGAUUUAAUUUAUCUUCUGUCUCAACAACAUAUUUUGAAACCCAACUAGAGGAAUAAUCUGCAAUCUGCCAGGGAUUCCGAAUAAGUGUGAGAUACACUGCAUAAAGCACUCCUGCUACUAGUAACACUUUCCAAUCUCUUGCUACGCAAAUAAUAUUUCUCCAAAGGGGUAUCUUGACUGAAAGGGAGAGUACUACAAAAUGAGAGGUUUGUGGAUUACAGCUAGUAUCCAAAGUCAUUUUUUGUGAAACUAUGGAAAAUACCGUAUUUUUCGCUCUAUAACACGCACCUGACCAUAACAUGCACAUAGUUUUUAGAGGAGGAAAACAAGAAAAAAUAUUCUAAACGAAACAGUGGAUGUAUGAUUUUUGUGGUUCAUGCUGUGGCCACAGACAUGUGAUCUGACGGUGAGUUUGGGGUAGCCCAAUGCAAAAAUCCUGAGGAUCCAUGUGGAUCCAUGCUUUGUAACCACGGUUUUGUGCCAUUGGGGCCCCAUGAAACAGUGGGUGCGUGUGUUUUUUGGUGCAGGCUGUAGCCAUGGACAUGCUAUGUGAUCUGAUGGUGAAUUUGGGGUGAUCCAGUGCAAAAAUCCUGAGGAUCCAUGUGGAUCCGUGCUUUGUAACCACGUUUUAAGUGGGGAGGGAAGGAAAAGCACUCAAGGGACAAGGAGCACGCAUGGGGGGGGGUGGAGAAGGAUGCUGCUAAUAAUGCAGGAGAGGCUCCUCUCCGGCUUUGCUCCUUUAAAACAAGCAGGCUCUGCUUCUCUCCCUCCUCCCCGGCAAGGAAACCACGAUAGUAACCACUCUGAGACAAAUCAAGAAAAAUUGCGACCAACACUCUCCCCCAACAAGUGCAGUGAGGUCAAAACACACACACACGCGCACACACACACACACACACACACACACACACACAGAGAACUGGCCCUAAAGUCGCAGGGUGCUGGAAGUCGCAGGGGCGCUGGGGGAGUGAACGGGAAGCAAGAGAAGGAGAACAAUCCCUCACACACACACAGACACACAGAGUGUCAAUUCUAAAGUUGCAGGGAGAGUGAACGGGAAGCAAGAGAAGGAGAAGGAGCCCUCUCACACACACAGACACACAGAGUGACAAUUCUAAAGUCGCAGGGAGAGUGAACGGAAGCAAGAGAAGGAGAAGGAGCCCUCACAGACACAAAGAGUGUCAAUUCUAAAGUCGCAGGGGCGCAGGGAGAGUGAAGGGGAAGCAGGAGGAGGAGAACGAUAGCUCAAGCACACACACACACAGCCCCUACAGUGGCUAAUCCAAAAUCGGACAGCAAAAAACUGCAGGCAGGGACAGAGAGCAGGGGUUGUUUUAAAGCAGCCAACUCCCGCUCUGCUUCUCUCCCUCCUCCCCGGCUCCGCUAGCUGACAGGAGCCGCUUACACCCGCUUUGCUGUUUCAAAGCGAGCCACGGACUGCUCACGACUGCAGCAGAUUCCCCCGUCAUCUGUAGGCAUUCGCUCCAUAACACGCACAGACAUUUCCCCUUACUUUCUAGGAGGAAAAAACUGCGUGUUAUGGAGCGAAAUUUACGGUAUACUUUAAGGCCCUGGUCUUCUAUUCCAGAGAUGGGGAGCCUCAGGCCUAGGAAUGCAGUGGUCUAUUCAGGAAUAAGGAAGCAGACAACUGAAUUCCAAGUCUCCCACCUGAUGGGUCCCAGGCUUACUUGGGGUUUGGUUUCUUUGGAAUGAGGGAAGAAGGGACUGCGGUGUCUUUAGGAUAUAUGGUUUAGUUACACUUAUAGACAACCUGAGUCGAAGAUGGAGGGGUUCGCAGCAUUAACACUCCAAAAGGGUCUUGUUUCUCCCAUAGUCACAGCCUUGGAGUCAAGCAUAAAAUCAGGCAGAGCUCUCACACUCUGACUUCUGCCUACACCCUGCUUCCAGCUCUCUCACACAACACUGGCCCUAGCUUUUGUCUACUAACUACCAGCCACGUGAGAGAGGGGCCCCACCCAUUUGCCCUCUGGCACAGAACAACUUCUUUUGUUAUACUAAGGGUCUUUAACUCACAAAGAAACUUUAGCAUUAGAAGAAGAAGAAGAAGAGUUUGGAUUUGAUAUCCCGCUCUAUCACUACCCGAAGGAGUCUCAAGGCGGCUAACAUUCUCCUUUCCCUUCCUCCCCCACAACAAACACUCUGUGAGGUGAGUGGGGCUGAGAGACUUCAGAGAAGUGUGACUAGCCCAAGGUCACCCAGCAGCUGCAUGUGGAGGAUCAGGGAAGCGAACCCGGUUCCCCAGAUUACAAGACUCUUAACCACUACAUCACACUGGCUCUUGCUGGAACCAGAACCCCAGGGAUUAGAAGGCACUCGAGACUCUUAAGCUCAGGUCAUGAGUUCAAGCCCCACACUGGGCAAAAGAUUCCUGCACUGAGGGGUUGGAAUGCAUGACCCUCAUGGUCCCUUCGAACUCUAGGAUUUCUGUGAUCCCGUGGUCAUACGGAUUAACUCCCCAAACUCACAACACUGUAACAAUAAGCACUGGUGCCAGUCAAACCUGUUUGGAGACUGUUUGGAGUCAAAUCUCUUCUAGAGGAUAUAUUUUUCCCACUUGCUGCCCUGGAAUGAGUUCUUGGCCCAGCCCACCUCAUCCCUUUCCCCCCUACUACAAAUCAAAUAUCUGCCCCAAGCCUUUAUAUGGGGGCAUCCUCUUCAAGACUAGCUGACCUAAUCCAUCAAGGUUGGCAGCAAACAAAAAAACAAAAAAACAAAACAAAAACAAACCCCACCCAAGGUUGGCAGCAAAAAUCCCACACCUCUCUGUUCAUUCUCACAAUCUCCUGAGUAUAUCAUGCACCCAAACAGAGGGAGGGAGCUAUCCUGGCCCUCAAAACUCACAAGACCAUGGGCGACCUCAUGUGCAUACACACAUGCCUGCAACUUCUCCUCCUGCAAUUUUUCUUUCACAGAUGGAAUAUGAAGUGAGGGGGGAAAAACUACAGUGGUACCUCAGGUUACAGACGCUUCAGGUUACAGACUCUGCUUACCCAAAAAUAGUACCUUGGGUUAAGAACUUUGCUUCAGGAUGAGAACAGAAAUCGCAUGGCGGCAGCGGGAGGCCCCAUUAGCUAAAGUGGCACCUCAGGUUAAGAACAGUUUUAGGUUAAGAACAGACCUCCGGAACAAAUUAAGUUCUUAACCAGAGGUACCACUGUAUCAUCAUCCACUCCUCACCUCCAGCCUGCAGUUUACUCUUCUCUGGGGCACUUUCUUCCUUCUCUGGCCUGACUCCCUCCAAUUUUGGGGGCUUCAGCUUUCUGUGUCUUCCACACUGGCAGGCUCCUGGACAAUCAACCUCUCUUCUUUUUCUGGUACUGGCUGCAACUCUUUACAGUCCAAGUUUUUCAUUCUGAUCAUUCUGUCCGUGGAUCUCUUCAGCUACCCCUGCAGCCUGAGUAUACUGCAGCUGGUCUUCAGGGUCAAUCUUAACCCCUUGUAGUGGCUGAUCAGGCAGGGCCCUCGGCUCCUCACAUGGAGUCUCCCUUUUCUCUCCAAAGGAGCUUUUUAGCUGCCCCAUUUGCUCCUGGGUGUUCCUGGUACAUAGCUUUUGUCUCCUCUUCCAGACUCUUAAAUUGCUGUUUCUGCUGCUCCAUUUGCUGCUGGAGUAUCAACCUAAGCUGUUCCUUAGCCCAUCCUUCAAGGUGGCUGUGAUGAGGAAGAAGGGGCAGAAUUCUGAUAGUACUUCUUUAGAUUCAAGCCAGAUUACUGUAUAUUGGUUAUAUUUUGCAUUCCUUUUGCAAAAGGAUCCAAAUGAAGAUACAGAAUGGAAUGACAUACUAAGAGAUUUUGGUAUACUGCCUCCAAAAGAAGAGGUUAAGGAUGAAGUUGAAGAAAUGGUUUUACGUUUACAGAAAGAAGCAGAAGGUAAGUGUAGUUGUGAAAAGUAUUGCCAAUUAUUAAAAUUAAGACCCAUCAUUUCAGCAUUGUACCAGGCGGCAUAGUACAAUAGAGAAGUAAAGCUGUCCCUGCCUUGCAGAAUAUAAAGGUUGAUCUACACAUUAAGAAAAGGCAUAUAGUUCAGCCUUCCUGGGAUUGUGUUACUUGAGACGACAGAUAGCAGAUCUAUUGUUCACCAAGACAUUGUUCAAGUAAUGGAAAGCUAAUAUGCAGUGGGAAAGAUUCUAUUCUAACCUAGACGUUUCCUGAUUGUCCAACUUUCUACAAGCAGUGAGUUUUAAACAAACAGCCUUUAUUACAAUUCAGACUCGCUGCUUUGUGUCCUACCCACUGGAAGGAAAAUAAAUUUGCUCCUUCAUCUAUAUGAUCCUGAACCUGCAUUUUAAAUCAGCUGUGGAGCAGAAGAAUAGGCAGAUACACUUUUUCUGAAUGUAUAUAUAAACAGCCAUCAUUAGCAUAUAUCUGGAAAUUGCCUCUAUUGAAAGCUCAUUGCACAAUAGCCAUAAACUAGAAUAUUGUAAGCAUGGAAGUUUCCCAUUCAGGUUCCUCUGUCAGAUACUCCUUUUGGAAGCAAAUUCAAAAUUUGUUUAAUCCCAGAAAUUUAAUCCCAGAAAUAUGUGUGCUCUUCAUUCCCCUCCCCCAAUUCUUCUUUUAGUGAAGCCAUAUGAAAAAAUGAACCUGAAACAACUCAAAGAAGCUGAAGAUGAAUUUGACGAGGAAGAUAGAAAAGCAGUUGAAAUGUAUAGGUAUGCCAAGCUACUAGAAACCACUCUCAAAGCCAAUACUGAGUAAGAAUAUUCUAAACUGGAGAUUAAGUAUAGAAAAAGGACACACUUCUUAUCCAUAUAACCCCCCAAUCCCCUUUCUAAAACACCACUGCAUAAUUUAACUUAUUUAGUUUCCCAGGGGGACUGUAAUCCAUGAAAGCUUCUGCUACAAUAAAUUUCUUUAAGAUAUCACAAGUGUCUUUGUUGCUUUAACUAUCUGAAAUCCAUUUACUACAGGAUAAAUAAAUUUUAUUUCUAACGUUGAUAGAAUUUCUUUUUCAUGAGCCAGUAGUGCCACCUAGUGAUUACCAUAUCCAAAGUUCCUGCAUGCUGUAUUCACUACUCAAAGUUGGCAUAUUGCUCAAAUUAUUUUUCUGCCCUCUUGUUAUUCCUAUUUCGUAACCUUGUCCACACUUAUGUGGACAGGCUGCAUGUGUAUUUGAAUAAACUGUUCCCCACAUCUAACAAUGCUCCUUUCUCCAAACCUGUAAGGAGCAGGAGUGAUCAUAGCCCGCCCACCCACUGCCAAACUUUCUCCCUGGUGUCUAUUAAUAAUCAUAUGAAAAGUUAUUACUUCACAUGACUUUUGUUAAAUUAGGAAACGACGUUUAGAAGAACUGCAAAAAGGACAAAGAUUUGGAGAACUCAGAGAAAUUUCUGGAGAACAGUAUGUGAAAGAAGUUACAAAUGCACAAAAAGGUGUCUGUGUUGUCAUCCAUUUAUACAGAUCAAGGUAACAGUGAGGAUUUCAAAAAGGGUGCUUUAAAAUUUGGCAGAAUAAAACUAUAUACAUAUAAAGUUAACUCUGGGUUAUGGCUUGAAUAGGCACCCGUUCUUAAUAAUUUCUGACUGGUUUUCUUGAGGCAAAUAUCUGUACCAGAUUUCUUCUAGAUCUGCAGUUUAGGAACAUCAAUGAAAACUCCCUAUGUUCAUAUGCUACCAGCAAUUGCAAUGUCCUGUCAUACUAGCAAAUGGGGGUUCCCUUGAUAGGUAGGUCUAGCGCAGAAAGGACUGUGGGCUAGUUCACACAUGGCCUAAGCCAAUGUUCCUCAGCCUUGGGUCUCUAGAUGAUCUUGGACUACAACUCCCACCAUCCUCAGGCAGCUUCACUAGUGCUCAGAGAUUAUGUGAGUUGUAAUCCAUCAAUUUACGGGGAUCCAAGGUUGAAGAACUCAGGCCUAGGCUAUACACAUGAAAGGAGGUAGAACCAUAUUGUCCAAACUUCCCCACUCUGCUGCCUCCCAGAUGUUUGGGACAACCUCAAUAAGCCACAGCCAGCACAUGGGUUACAGGUUGCCAUCCUCAGCAAUAGACUAUUUGUGCAUUUUGCAGGGCUGCAGUCUGGGAUAUAUAUAUAUAUAUAUAUAUAUAUAUAUAUAUAUAUAUGUACCUAUUAUGGGGUGCUAGGAACCUCUACAUAGUAAGGGGAUGCAUCCUAGAAUGAGCGUGAAUACAAAUGGCGUAUUGGCUUUUGUUCUGGGGCAAGAAAACGCAGCACAGCUUUAUAUGCAUAGGACGAUAGCUAUGGGAACAUGUCAUGGUUUUCAGUCUCAUGCUAAUGGGCUAGUGCAAUGGGCUUAGAAAUGUACUCAGUAAAGGGCUCAGAAAUAUUGGGUGCAACAUGCUGAACUGAGCAGGGAAACAACUGGAGUGAAACUCAGCCAUACAGUUGAACCCAAAGUAACAUACUGCCCUUCUGAUGUGAAAAUGUGAGUGUGAAUUUAGGGGAAUGGUUGAUAGCGGUUUGGUGUAUGGUUUUUUAUUUUUUUUUAAUCUAGCAUUUUCUUAUUUGUGCCAAAGCUUAACCAUCAAACACAUUUGCUCUUUUGGAUUUUUAAAGCAUUCCGUUAUGUGUGUUAAUUAAUCAACACCUCAGCCUACUGGCCACAAAGUUUCCGGAAACCAAGUUUGUGAAAGCCAUUGCAAACAGCUGUAUUGAAAAUUACCACGACAGUUGCUUACCUACGUUAUUUGUGUAUGAAAAUGGAGAGAUAAAGGGCAAGUUCAUUGGAAUCAGAGAAUGUGGAGGAACAAAUCUUACAGUAGAAGGUAAUGAUCAAAACACUUCAGCAAACUAGAGGCCAGUAGACAAAGAUUUGGCUGGUUAGUGCAAAUUUAUGUGAACUGCAGCCUUCUUUAUCUUUGCAGUUCUUAGCCAUAUUAAUGACUCCUUUCCACCCAUUCUUUAUCCAAGUUUUACCUCUCUCAAGCUCUUCCUUUCCAGCCUUAACCGUUCUCUCAUAUUGUUCUGUAGCAUUGCUUGUUUCAGUCCCUAUUUCCAAAUCCUCUUCCUUUCCUGUUUAUCUAGACCUCCUGAUCUGACUGCCCUGGUCCUCCUUAAGAUCUAUGAGCUCAACCAAACACCAGUGGCAACUCUUUGGAUUACACUACUGAGCCAAUGGCCACUAGAGACUCUUCUGGCUGCUCUGUCUCCCAGUGAUGGGCAUAAUAGCUGAGAGAUCGCCCCCAAUGCUGCUACUGAAUUGCUUAAUGUAUUGUAAUAUAAAUUUUACAGUAAAAUGUUGCAGCAGUUCAUAAAAGAACAUGUGAAGUGUGAAAUGCUUCACUGUGGAAUAACCAAGAUAACUAUUCACUGAAUACUGUAACUUUACCAAACAUCUUUGGUGUAAGUUCGUAACUAAAGGCAAUAAUUGUUUACUUAAAGACAUGUAUUAAAUAGCUUUUUAGAAAAGGACUAGAAUGGGCUGCCUUGCUAUUUUUUUAGUGAAGGUAACUUUAAGGUAUGUGUAGGCAAUUCAGAGCUAGUAAUUUCUGUAUACUUAUUUACAAGGCUGGUUUUUAAAUUACUCUAAUAGUGUUGUGCUAUCCAGUGUAAAAUAAUAACUCCCUCCCACUAUAUUUUAGCUAACCAUUGAGUUCUAUCUGUGAAUACUAUGUACAUGAGUUGUAUCAUGAAAGUAAAAAUUUAAUGUACCAGCCCCUGGAUUGGAUGUAAGUAAAAAGGUAAGCAGGUGCAGAUUGCGGUUGGUGGAGCAAACAUACUGGAUCAUAAUACUGGGAUAUAAAUGAUUUACUGCUAAAUAUAUUGCUACUUCAGUUUGUCUCAACAGUCUUUGUUAUUUCAGAACUUGAGUGGAAACUGGCAGAGGUUGGUGCUCUGAAAACCGAUUUGGAAGAAAACCCCAAGAAGGAAGUUGUGGAUAUGAUGACAUCUUCACUUAGAAAUGCCUCCAUAAAUGAUGUUUAGACAAACAUUAACAGGACAUGUAAAGACACAAACACCGCUUGAGCAGAAGGACACUUGAAGAAGCACCUGGCAUUUCCGCGUUUACGUUUGGUUGGAUUACUGCUUAAAUCAACACUGCUUAGGAAUAAGAAUAAGUAAAUAAAAACGGCACAAAUGCAACCCACUUGCUGUAUUCACACUCAGAACGUAUUUUCUGCUCCAGUCCAGAGCUCUGUGUGCACUCAGACAUUAGCCCAACUAUCUGCCAAGGGGGCUUAUUUCCUAAAAAGUGUGUUCAGUAUUGCAUCCAUCACUCAUUUGUUCAUAAGUCAUCUUUCCAGUGAGAGAUUUGUGGCUCUCACUGUCACACAAAGGGCAAAUGAAUCAAGGUACUGUAAAAGUAUUGUAAAAAUCAGAUACUGGCCUUUAAAAGCUCUGAUAUCCACCUGAAAACAGAAUUUGGUUUCUAAUUAUAAUACUGGUAUUCAUGAAAUAAACUUGGAUACUAUGGUUCUUCCAACCUCCUUAUCAAGCAAAAAUGUGCUUUUAUUCUCUGAGAUGCUGGCUCCUAAUCAAAUCAUUCUUUAGCUUGUGGGUCAAGCCAGAAAAUGAGAGAAUAUGAGAAGCUAAAACUCAGAACCUCUACUAUGGGUCUGGAAAGUCCCAACCCUGAAAGCAUGUACAGAACACAUGUAGGAGCACCAGGUCACUAGUGUUGGGAAUUAUUGUUUAUGGGUUUGUAAAAAGCAGAACUGGACUCAACAGAGGGAAAUAGCUUCAAAAAAAUCACUGCCUGUAUCCUUGGCCAUGCCAUAGUGAGCACCCAAACCAUGUGGGAAAGUAUUGUGCAGACACACAGCUUGGUUAGAGUUGACCCAUUGAAAUCAAUGGGUAUUAAAUCCACUGAUUUAAAUGGAUCUACUCUUAUGAGGUAGCUGGAUAUCAGCCAGUAUUUUUAGUGCUGGGCAUUGUACAUUCUAAGUCAUAUCUUGUUAAUACAUGCAGGGCUGCGAGACUUAUUCAGAUUAAAUCAAGCUUAAGAAGCAACAGAACAUAUUGUCUGAGAAAAUAGUCUCAAGGUAUUGAAAAAAAGAUUGGCCGAGUAUUUAUAGUGCCUUUCUUCUUUGUUAAUUUUUGAAAUUUGCUAAUACGUGAGAAGGGUGAAGUGAGUUUCACAACCACACCCACAGCAGAUAUACCGGUAGUUGUUCAAAAACACUCAUAGUUAUUUCUCCUGAGAACUGGAUUAUUAAAAAUAUUAAUAAAAAAUAUUAGCUGGUCCAGAGAUCAGUAAUUAACCCCAAAUUCUGAAAGCCUGUGUUGUACAUGCAAUGUUCCGUUAGCACCUUAGAGGUUUGUGUAUACCCUAUUCAUUCCUAGCUAGACAAAACACAUGCAGGAGAAUGAUGAAGCAGUACACUUUGUGGUGUGUGUGUUUAAUAGGGAUCAUUUGGCAAAGAGAGAUUGGGGGGCACCUUCUCUGCACAACAAUUGUGAGCUUUGCAUUCCUUAGCAGCAGCUUACUGAUUCCUACUAUAACUGAUCUCCCCAGAGCAGGUAAACACCAACUCAAAAUCUGAAUUUAUUAAAAACAAUAAUUUCUUGUUUAAUGAACAUUUACACAUCUAUUUAUUUAUGCAUUAAAAUAUCUCUCUGCCGCAUAUUCUCAAGUAAGAGAAUUUGCCUGCAUCGGCUUCAGUCAAGUAGUUUGCUACAGCACAUAAUUAACCUUUAAAUAGAAUGGUUUCAUAGUGUGGGUGAUAAAUGAAAUAAAAGGUGAAGUCAUUUGUGUGUUGCACACUCACAAAAACUGCAGAUAACUGAGCACAGUUUCAAGCUUUUAUUCAGCAGUAACCUCAUUUUAAGAAUGAAGCAGUGACGACUAAAAAAUAUUGAUGGAGGUGUGUGAAGACUGCAGAAAGAUCUGAGAAGAAUCUUAAUAGCUGUUACUCAUAGUCACAGGUAGGCACCUCAUACUGAACCAUUACCUAAGUAUAUAGGCCUACAUUUGCACUUAUUUAUCUGUUGUUACCCUUACUCUUCGCCCCUUUACUCGCAAACCACUUGGGGAAAGCAAUCCUGCCUCACUCACCACAAACACAGGUAUGAGUAUUGUCAGGGAACUGCCAUCGGCUCAGAGGCGAGAAAUAGAAGGGCAGUUGUGUUACAGGGAGCCUCCGAAAAUCUUGCAAAGCAGUUCCUCUUCUGGAGAGGAGGAAAGCCCCACCUCCAGUGGAGAAGAGGUGCAAGGACCAGAGGAUGCUAGUGAGAGCCUUAACGCUGCUCCUGAGCAAGCUGGAGAGGGGGGAAGCACGUCCUUGCCAUCGCCCAUCCUGCACAGUAGUGUGGUCACAGGGAGGGGUGGAAACAGUUGGGGGUAACAAAACUUUUAUGUUGGGGGAGGUACAAAAAAAGACCACUCCCGGAUUCUGCUAGCAAUUGAGCCAGACAUGAGUCGGAGUCCUGCCUGCUUACUCUCGAGCAACCACAACAGCACCUGACAAGUAUUCUGAAAGGAAUAUGACAAUAAAGAUUACUACAAGAUAAUUUUUAAACGAAUGAAUAGUUUGAGGAGCAUUGGCGCUGCAGUGUGCCUCGCUUUGGAAAAACAGGCAAGCAUGACCCAGAUCAGUUUCUGGGAUGGAUGAUAGCUCAGGGAACUCCAUGUAAACAUGCCACCCAUCCUCCUUUUUAAAGAGGAAGUGGGAUUUCAUGGGCAUCCUACUGUUUAGUUUCUUAAUGUGGCAUGUUCUGCUGUGAAUGAAGCUCUACACACUAUGGCAAGAUGUGAUGGAAACAAGCCUAAAUUAAGAAUGACACAUGAAACAAAAAGAUUCGAUGACUGGGUGGUUCAUUGAGUGGUAAGACAUCCAGGCAAGGGCACUAAGAGACCAAUUUAACUGAAUGUUUACAUUGCUGACUAGCAAUUUGUGCCUACAGGAACUCUGUUAGAGGGGCCCUGUCCCACUCAAUUUGUCCAAAACCCUGCAUCUUCUUCUUCUUCUUUUUUUUAAAAAGAUAUUUAUUAAGAUUUUCAAAAUAUUACAAAAUGAAAAAAGAAAAAAGAAAAAUACAAAAUAAAAGUAGUUAAAAACAAUUCAAUCUUUCCAUUACUUAUCUUUCAUUUGCUUGUUUUCCGGACCUCCUCGCACCUCCCUUUUUUGUAUUCCAAUUCAAUUUGUUAGUUCAGCAAAUCCUUCCCCUCUUUGUUUAUCCUAGUCUUUAAUCUUAAAAUAUUGUAACAUUAAACUUUUACCUAUUAAUAAUCCAUUUUUAAUAAUCCAUUUCAUAUUCCCUUAUAAUAUUACAGCUAAAAACCAGUUAAUUUCUAUCCAACAUCAUUCUAACAUUCAUUAAUUUUGCAGUAUUUCUGUAAAUAGUCUUUUCCCAUUCUUUCUUUCACCAAUUAAUCAUCCACUUUUACUUUAUUUAAUCUUAUCUCUCUUAAAUCUUAUAUAUCUAAGCUUAUUCUUAAAACGUUUCCCCUAGGGUCAGAAAAAAUUCCAUUCCACGAUUUUCCCAUCUCUCAUUAAAACAAAAACCCUGCAUCUUCUUGGCAAAGUAAUAUCGCAUGAAGAAAGCACUCAUUUCCACAAGAGCUAAAGCCAGCCUCAUUCCCUACAGACCCUCUCAGGUGUGAAGAGCUGUAGGGUUAGAUAGUUCUGCUGCCCUUGGGAGUUCAGAGUGACUGCAUGAUGGCCUGGGAGAUGGCAUUCUUUGUGGCAGCCCCUCAGUUGUGGGAUCCCCUCCCACAGCAUUAAGCAUAUAGUGCUGAUAGCACACUGCUUUACCCUGGCCUUUGAAACCUGAGAUCUAUGUUAUCAGGAACCACACUAUUCCUGAGACUGUAGCUUGUUUUCAGAAUUUUUAAUAUUGAAUUUAGAAUGGUUUUAACGUGCCCUGGGACCUGCUGAUGAAGAGCAGAUAAUAAAUAUAAUAAUAUUAAUAAAUGGCAACUUUUUCUGGAAAACAUCUUGGAGCACACCAACAGCUUAUUUAAUUCAAUGUAUUUGUGCUACUCUAUAAAAUAAUGAAAGUAACAAAACAAUCUUGUACAUGCCUAUCCAAAAGUAAGUCCUAUUUAAUUCAAUAGGGCCUAUUCCCAGCAGGAGUAUCAUUACACUGUGAAGGAGAAAAGUUUGCCAUUAAAAAGCAUGAUUUUUUUUUUCUUUUCCGAGUCAGUUCGUUGAGAAUAUUAUGGUAUUCUAUCUUCUUCUGGGUCCUCUUGGCUUCCAGUCAUAUGUGUCCUUUGCAUCUGGCCUUUCUAUUGCACAACACGUGGAGUUAUUAGUAUAUUUAAAAGAUGAGGGUUUGUCAAGAUUAAAUGGCCUUGAUAUGGCUUUCUUCCCCUGGAUAAGUUUGAAAAGGUGUCCCUAGAUCAAAUACAACCACCAGUUCUUUUCCCCUUGUGCAAAUUGUAUUUACACAUAUUAAGGCUUUGUCUCAGUAGGUGAUAAGAACUAAUAAUACUAUUAGUUCAAUACUUUGCUUCCCUCGUGAAAUCAAAAUGAAAUGUUUUCUCAAGCAGCUCCCAGAACAGUGAACACACCCCCUAAUUGCAACUGAAGAAUAACCCAGUUAAUAUUGCCUUUUGAAAUUCCAUAUUUCCCUUUGUCCAACAAUUGUUUAUAAAAUUAUUCCUAUUCCACCAUUUUGGAUAUAGCCUACACAAGGAGGCUCACCAUAUCAUAAAAAGGAUCUAAUAGAACCAAAAAUAAUACAGGCAACAAUAAAUAAACAGGCCAGUUAAAACAAUUAUUAAGUUACAUAUGGAAUUCUCACUGUACCUGUCUGCUGCAGCUUUGGGUCUAUAAAGGAAUCUGUGGGUAUCCUUAUGUGGGAUAAAGUCACUUCCCAUAGAUGAGCAAAGUACUUAAAAUGGUGUUUUAAUUCUAUGCAUAUUUUAGCCCAUUGCUACCCUACACCUUAGAGGGACGAGGGUGGCACUGUGGUCUAAACCACUGAGCCUAGGGCUUGCCGAUCAGAAGGUCAGUGGUUUGAAUCCCUGUGACGGGGUGAGCUCCCAUUGCUCGGUCCCAGCUCCUGCCAACCUAGCAGUUCGACAGCACAUCAAAGUGCAAGUAGAUAAAUAGGUACCACUACAGCGGGAAGGUAAAUGGUGUUUCUGUGUGCUGCUCUGGUUCACCAGAAGAGGCUUAGUCAUGCUGGCCACAUGACCCAGAAGCUGUACUCCGGCUCCCUCGGCCAGUAAAGCGAGAUGAGCGCCGCAACCCCAGAGUCGUUCGUGACUGGACCUAACAGUCAGGGGUACCUUUACCUUUACCUUACUGAAUUCUUACUUGAGUUGAAAUCAAUUUCUUCCCAUCCCUGAUUAAACCUUCUGGUUUAAUAAAAAAGCUACAGUAGUUAUGUAUAUGUUGGUCUUUACACUACUUUUUGUAAACCUUUAACGGCAAAGCUUUUCUACAAAAGGGCAUGCUCUUUCUUGGCGUUUGUUUAUACAGCUUACAUAUCCAACCAAUUCUAUGUGAAACUAAAACUGUUUUAAGGCUCACCUAGUAAGUUGCUUGGCAACCUCAGUUACAAAACUUAUAUAGAUAAGAUAAAUGGCAUACACUGGGCAUUAAUUACCUUAAGUCAUGUGUGCAGUAGUAUCAACACAUUCUACAAGGGCUAAAUUGUUACCAGUGAUAUAUUUACAAGACCUAAUGCUUGAACAAGGUAUGUCAACUGUGCUUUAUUUCUCUGCUGAUCUUUCACAUAAAGGGAAGAAAAUUUCAAUUAAAAAACAAAAUUCUAGAGCAGUGCCAUCUGUUGUGUGUAGAGUCAAAGGAACAGCAUUUCAAUCAUCAUUCAUAAUAAAAAUAUAGAGGGGAUCUAAAGCUGUUUCAUAAUUACUUUAAAGAACUUACUGUGAAUACAUGGCGUUCAAGUUCAGUAGUGAACCAUGGCAACCACAGUAAUAGACAUGAAUUGCAUUAGAUUUCAAUAUUAACCAUGCUUGUAGCUUAACCAUAAGCUCUAAACCAGGGAUAGCCAAUGUGGUGCCCUCCAGAUGUUGGGUAUUUCAACUUCCAUCAGCCCUAGCCACCACGGCCAAUAGCUAGGGAUGAUGGGAAUUGUAAUCCAAAACAACUGGAUAACACUACAUUGCCUCCCCCUCCCCUUAUGCACUGCGAGGGUGUUGUGACUGCACCGUUCCUGCUCUUCCAGGAAACUCAGUGGUAGAUGUUGGAUGUUACAUUUCCGGAGGAGAAUAACGUAUACCUGUAGAUCUAAUGCAUCCACACCAGGGUGGUCCAGCAUGCGGCCCACAAGGCCUUUUUGGUGGCCCUCAGCAACAUUUGAUGUCCCCCCCUGCCCUGUAUUCCCAAAGCUGGGUAAAUGAGGUGCUGGGCUUAGGGAAGGAGGCUUCGAGUCUUCCCUCCUCCUUCCCAAAGCCUAGGUAGCCGUUUUCAAACUUUGGGAAGACAGUGUGAGAGCUGGGACAUCAAAUUUUGGCCUCGCUUCCCUUGCAUGACAAGGCAGUGUGUGGCCUGAGAGUUAUGUGUCAAAGUAUUAUUGCAGCCCACUUGGUAUGAAAAGUUGGGCUGCCCCGAUGUACACUCUGAAGAUCCCAACUUUGCAGUGUACAGAUUGCAGGAUAGUCAAACUUGCAUGUACUGGCCUCUAUACAAAUACUAUAUCUAAUAAGGGGAUGGUGGGUAUGGAGGAAGAGUGGUAUGCUAGCAUGGUUUCUGUUUGUUACAGCAUGUAAAAUACUGGCACAUGUAAUGUAGCUGUAUAGUGUUAUGCAUAUUAGUAUACUUUUAGAAUUCAGCAUGCCUGCAUGUAUUUUUGCUGCUACAUUUCCUUAUCAAGGCUCUUUCACCCUAAAUGGUUGGACCAGGAAGAAGUGCAACAAGAAAAGUUUUCAGUCAUGCUCACUGCAUUUCUGCCAGAUUACUCUGCCUACCAAAUUUCUGACAGCUAUUACAGCUCCUGUCAUCCCUGAUGCUCCCAGAUGUUGAUGAGAGUUGGAAGUCUAACGUUCAGAGGGACAGAUAGUCCCCUUACCGUCUGUAAUGGAACCUUUUAGAACCAGGCUUCACAAUUGAGCAGUGGAUUGUAUCGAGACAUCUCCAAGAAUCAUAGAAUUGUAGAGCUGGAAGGGACUCCAAGGAUCAUCUAGUCCAGCCCCUGGCAAAUGCAGGAAUCUCAGCUAAAGCAUCCAUGACAGGUGGCCAUCCAACCUCUGCUUAAAAACCUCCAAGGAAGGAGAGUCCACCACCUCUUGUGGGAGUCUGUUCCAUGGUGGAACAAGCUUACUGUCUGAAAGUCCUUCCAGAUAUUUAGCUGGAAUCUCCUUUUUUGUAACUUGAAUCCAUUGAAAUGCCAUCUUCCUCUUUGUCCAAAAACUCAAGGCAGUCUUGUAUUGAUUGACCUUUUUGCCUCACCUGAAUUUUUUAUUUUGAAAAACCCUCAUUCUUUGCGUCAGCUUCUGAAACACUGAACUUUUAAAUCUGCUUGGGUCCUCGGCGGAGCUGUGGUGUUUGCUUUUGUUUCUUUGUUUUUAAAGUAACAACACUGGGCAACAUAUACGCAGUUCACAGAGCUUCUGACUGCUGCAAACAUGCUACUUGCAGAAGAGCAGGAGUUUACUCAGGAGGAGGCCGGACUGACUUGCAAAGGGACUUGCGCCCAUGCUGCUUCCACACUGCAGGUUAACGGGGAGCUUUUACGUGGCCCCUUCAGUAAAAUAAGGUGACGGAAGCCCCCAAGUCCCCAUCCCUCAGCGCCGUCUCCGAAGCAGCAACGACGUAAGAAGCUUCCACUUUGGGAGGAGGCAGAGGACCCGCCUCCAAUCCCGCCCAUAGUCCCAAAUCCUCCCUCGCUGCUCCCCUCCUACAAGGUAAUCUGAGGUCACGGAAGCACAGCGAGAACGCCUUGUCCUCUUCCGACGCAUGCGCAACACAUCCCUUUCCUCUCCCCCCCCCGCCACCUCCCGAAGAUUUCCGUGGCGCAUGCGCAGCGAAGCCGCGGCCCGCUCCCUGACGAAGAAGGGGAAUCACCGUCGACUCCCCAUCUAUGCGCGCGGUAGUAAUGCGCAUGCUUAGUACUGACCAGGGAAGCACAGGGGGCCUGGGCCGGCUCAGGCUCUUGCGAGCCGAUAUACCGCUGCAGCUUGCUUGGUGUCCCUUACCACCGGCGCACGCGCAGUACGGCCAAGGCUCCUCCGGGCUCGGCGGCUGAUUCCGCGGCUUGUUUUGCCGGUAAGCGCGAGGGCGGCGCAUGCGCGGUGGCGGAGGGAGACCUUAGGGCCUGGCGGGUUGUGGCUGCUUACUUGAGAAGCGGGGGCGAGCGAUCCGUGUCGCGGCGGUGGGCUGAAGAAGAAGAGGAGCGCGAAGGGAGGCGGCAGGCUGGCGGGGAAGCUCGGUAAGGUGGAUACGCCAGCGAGCCGCAGCCGCCGGCCUUGAGGGGGCCUCGCGGAGUCCUGCUGGCGAGUGGGCUGAGGUAAACUUUGACAGGCGGCGGGCGCGACGGCGGGUUGGGUCGCUGGCGCAGGUCUAUGAUCUCAGUGUCUCUGCCCCCCCGUCUCCCGACCCCGCCGACAGUUGAGGGCUUCGCGUGACCCGCUGCCGGGGACGAUUCAGGCCCUCAGGGGUUGGCCGGGAUUUGGGCGAUAGACUGAGGGGCCGCUCCCUCUAUCUUCCUCCCACCCCCGAACCCGGGCACCGUGGCGAGGCGGAGACGGGGCAGCUCCGGUGUUUCAUAACCGAGGCGGGAGGGGGCUGUGAGGGGCCUUGGCUGCGCCCAUCCCGCUCUCCGGGUUGCGCCCGGCGUCUCCGGUUUAUUAAAGCCGCGCCAGGAGCGGCACCGGUUUGGGGUAUCCCUUAUACAACCGGCGCCGUUUUGGUCCUGUCAGAAAGCUGCCCUUCCCCGCCCUGCGAGCCCGGAGCGCGAAGAGGCAUUUUCCUUUUUCUCUUUUCCUCCUACAGCGGCCCUGAACCUUAUUUGAAUACUGAUGAUGCAGGCGGGGAGGGGUUUCCUCGCCUCUCUGGAGCCGCUUGCUUAGGAGCGAAUCUAGGGCAUUAGAUCAAGUUGGAGCGCCCACGUACUUUCGUUUAUUUUGCCGAGAUCAGGACCCUGCCCCUUUUUUUAGAGCAAAGGGGAGUAUGCUGAUUUGUCAAGCCCGCUUCAAAGGUGCCAGCUGGUUUCAUUUGGUAGUCAGGAAUGCAAUCUGACUUUUUGGUGUCGUUGGUUUCUUAGGUCUCUGGCUCAGUUUCCACUGGAAUGUUAUACUUCAAAAAGAUCUAAUGUAGCAGAAAGUGGAAAGUCAGCACGUAAUGAUUUCUUAAUGCGCUUCUUUUUGUUAAGUAACAUGCAAGCCUAAGCAUACCCCUGGUAAAUCUUGUUUAACUCUGCAAGAUUUCCGAGUUACCAUGCUGAUGAUGGUGCCGAUGUAUUGUGCACUUGCAGACAAGGUUUUGUUCUGGUUGGUAGCACUUGUAGCACUCCUUGAGUGAAGGACACCAUAAGUGACAGGACAAAUUGUUAGAUUGUAGCAAUGUGCAUAACUCCAUACAUGGCAUUUUAUAAGUGAUCCUACUUGCUUUCUGUGCGCACAUAAUGGCAUAUAUAUAUAUAUAUAUAUAUAUAUAUAUUAACCUUGACUUUUUGAGUGGAGUAGAUGUGCUGGAAUAAAUAGUUCUCUAGUAUCUACUUAGGAAGAAUAGAUUGCAGCUUAAAUAAACCUUCAAGUUGACCAUUCAAUCAGCUCCAAUGGCCUUUGCUGCACAGUUUCUUGGGUUGGCAACACUUUUUAUAGACCAUAAAUUGCUCACAUUGCUGCUUUAUAGAAAACAGUGCUUGUGUUUAUUAUACCUGUGCCCCACUUUUAUAUCAGAAAGCUCAUGUACUUCCCAUAAGCCUUCUGUAUAGGUACAGAUCAUGUCUACACACUAGUUUCAGCAAUGUUAAACCAGUGUUCCAUUACCUGCCAAAGGCUGUUUCAGUAUCCUAUCAUUUAAGACAAGAAUAGUUUAGCUAUCUUCAUCAAAAAGAAGGGAUUCACACAAAUAAAAAAAUGCAUGGUCCGUUUCCUUGCCACCAUGUUCUUCUGGAAUGUUGUUGUUAAACAGAAUUGAAACACCAGAAUGAUGUCUUACUUUGUGGUAUGAUGCUGAAGUGGCAUGCCAACUUUGUAACCACUCCCAAAUAAAUAAAUAAUAAUGCAGUAACAUUUAUUUAUUUAUUUAUUUAUUUAAUGUGUAUACCACCCUAUACUUGUAGAUUUCAGGGUGGUUCACAACGUUAUGUUACUAGUUAAAAAGUUAUAGUUGUGCAAUCCUUCCUUACUCACACAUUAAAUCAGACUUGCAAUGAUAACUGCAAAACUGCAAAUAGACUUAGACUGUCACCUCUAGGUGAGUGGGAUAGAGUUGUCCAUGCACCUAUUUAUACAGCUCUGUACUGUAUAUAUACUACUGUAUAUAUACUACAGUAUAUGCGGGUUGCUCAUUGACUUUCUUACAGACUUAAAGAGCUACAGAGAAACCUUUAAAAUAUAGACAUAUUGUAUACAGGACUGCAGUUAUCUCUUUUACCUUUUCAUACUUUGUCUGGAAGGAAUACCUUCCUGUUCAGCAUUGCCUUCAGUGGAGGAAGCCAGAAUGGCUGGUGCCUAGGCUGUGUUGUGAUAAGAAGCACAACCUGCUUUCUCUUCUUCCCUAUUUGGUGCAUGCCCACAUCAGAACUUGAUGAAAUGAUAGUGCAGUGCAGGUUGACAAAGUAGGCAGGAGAAUUGCAGGCAUAGCAGAACCUCAGUGAACACUUGGAUCAUUUAUGCACAAAAUGCAUUAUCACUGGCCUGUGACAGCUUUGUAUUUAAAUAAAAACUUUAUUCUGGACUGCUGUUAACAGAGGGGUUUUUCUGUUUUCUGAUUUUUUUAAUCAGCUGUCCAAAAAAACACAGGUACAGUGGUGCCUCGCAAGACGAAAUUAAUUCGUUCCGCGAGUUUUGUCGUCUUGCGAUUCUUUUCGUCUUGCGAAGCACGGUGUCGGGAAAGUUUUGGAAAAGCUUCAAAAAUCACCAAAGUCUUUAAAAACCUCAAAAAAGGCUACCACACCGCGUUCUAUGAGUUGCUCCUCGAAGUCAAGUCGCAACUGUAUUAACGGUGUUAAGAAAAGGGAAACAAACUUGCAAGACAUUUCCAUCUUGCGAGCAAGCCCAUAGGGAAAAUCGUCUUGCGAAGCAGCUCAAAAACCGAAAAACCCUUUCGUCUAGCGAGUUUUUCGUCUUGCGAGGCAUUCGUCUUGCGGGGCACCACUGUAUAUAUAACCAAAAUAAGUUUAUAUAACUGCAGCCCUAAACUAGGUAAAGGUAAAGGGACCCCUGACUAUUAGGUCCAGAGUGGCUGACUCUGGGGUUGCGGCGCUCAUCUCUCUUUAUUGGCUGAGGGAGCCGGCAUACGGCUUCCGGGUCAUGUGGCCAGCAUGACUAAGCUGCUUCUGGUGAACCAGAGCAGCGCAUGAAAACACCUUUUACCUUCCCGCUGGAGCGGUACCUAUUUAUCUACUUGCACUUUGAUGUGCUUUCGAACUGCUAGGUUGGCAGUUAGGCAAUCCUAAACUACCUAGCAGUAAAUCCUAUUGGAUUCAGUGAGGCUUACUUUUAAAUCAUCGGGGUUAGGAUUGCCUCAAUUAUAAAACAAUAGAUCUUCUGUAAUGGAAAUAAGCAUUCUUUUGAUACUACUUAUUGCCUGAAAUAGAAUAGUUUGAUGGAGGCAAAUCAGUCAAUACCAGUGAUGGUAUAUCCUACCUAUCUCAAUCUUGAAUGGGUUAGACGUUUGUAGGGCUUUUCCUGGAAAUAGUUUGAAUUUUUUAAAGAAAGAUCUAACCUAAUGAAAUUGAGUAGGACAGAACUUGUAGUAUCUUGAUGAUUUCUGAACUGAGGUGGUUAGUUUCAGGACACCCCCACCCCCCAGAUCUUUAAAGAUUUGUAUUAAAUGCACGCUGGUGAGAUGAGGAGUAGUGACGUGGCCUCGCUUUUCAUGUUUUGAAAUGUAAGGAACAAAAUAUGGAUUUGUGUUGUUAUUUCUGUGGGUCUAGGAAGUAGUUUCAGUUCUUCAUUUGUUAUCCAUUGUGCUUAUGUCAUUUCCCAUUCGUAUAGUACAUACCGUCCUUUUAGUCUCUGAUCAAAUCUACUUAAUUAUAGGAAAUUUGCCACUUCCUGUUUCUAUUAUUAUUAUUAUUAUUAUUAACAAAAUGUAACAGUGGGAUUCCCUAUUUCUAAAGGACAGAAAUGUUUGAUAUAGCCCAUUUCAUAUGGAAAUAUAACAUACGCAUGAGAAACAUAGGUUUGCAAUUGGGUAAAGACAUGCAGGCUCCUAAAACAUAAUUGAUUUAUUAUAUUGCCAUUUCAUUGCAAUUAAAAAAAAUAAUCAGUUGAAAACAUAUACAGAACAAGUCGUUCUGGGAGAGCCUAUUAAAACUGUUAGAAUUAUGAAAGUAGAUUUUUAGAAUUAUUUCCUCCAAUUUCAUCAAUUUGGAUAAUUAGGCCUGGUGCUAGUUUAUCUCAAAUAUUACUGUAUGCGUAAAUAAUUGUCAUACUAGUGACAUCUCAGUGGUUAACAUUGCAGUUAGGUCCCUUACUGUAAACUGUUUCAGACAAUUAGCCUUAGUUAAAUAUUUUCUUAAAAGGUCAUACUUAAUACGACUUUGAAGGUGUUUUAAGUUUUUUUAUCUUUAAAGCACAAUAAAAACAUACUGAGUGCCAGACCUUUCAGUAUUAUAAAGACCUAACCCUUUAUCUAGAAUAUAAGGGCUAUCAAUAUUUUUAUACUGUUAGUCUUAGAGGUCCAAUAGUGCAGAAGUUCAUUGAGUAUUAUAUGUGUAUCAUUGCUAACUAGGGUUCCUUGCUUACAAGGUUUUGCAAAAACAUUUCAAGCUCCGAUCAAGAUGGAUCCAAUUAGUAUUCAUCAUGUCUAAUGCUGUUAACUGCCCUGGGAUAUAGGCUAUGAAAGGCAGCAUAUAAAUGCUCUAAAUAAAUAACUAUAGGUGAGCAAGAAAGGAUUCACAACAGACCAAAAAAGAGAAGGAAAGAGGGGGAAAGAGCUGGAGUCUUUGACUUUUUGAACUUUUACAUAUUUAAGAGAUUAGUGUUAUACUUGCGCUGGGCAAGUGUGUAAGUUUCUUUGCCUAAUUUUGCCUACAUUUCCCUCCUAGGAGAAACAUUAAAGCAACUGAACAAAGCAUUAUUAACUUGUUAAGUGUUUAAAAGUCAGAAAUGAACAGUAGUAAAGUAGUAAGUCUCAACUUUCAGGAGGGAUGUGAAGGACAAUAAAGAUGUUAAAAGUGACACAGAAAUUCUGACUUGGAAAACAACAAGGUGAAAUUGCAGGAAUGGUGGAAGAGUUCUUAACAAAACAAUUACAAUGUUAAAAACUAGUAAAACAAUAAAGCUGUUUCAAUCAAAGCAGAAUUGUGUGAAGUUCCUGUUUUCUUAAGCCACACUUUCAUAUGAUGUCCAGUUUGGGAAAAUGUCCAGAUGUCCCUCCAAACCAAGUUAUUAAACCAAGAUCAUCUCUCCUACUUUGUUUUAUAGAUUUGUUUUAAGAGAUUCGAAGGCAGCCAAAUAGCAUCAUUAACAAAAAUAAUACAAACACCAAUUGUAUGAUUAUAUUGUUGGAAUCUGUUCUGAGACCUUAUGAUGGUUGGAGAAGAAAUCUUAUGAAUGAAUGAAUGAAUGAAUACAUAAAUAAGAUAAAUAGUUGUCAGAUAACGGGCAGAUAGAAUAGCUAUUACCAGUUUGCUCUUCGCUGUGACAUGUGUCUUAGAAGUUAGGUCCAAGGAUCAAAUGCUGCCAUCCAUCACUAUCAUGUUCUCAGGACUCUUCCAAGGCCACACCACCCCCGUCCUCCUCUUGCAUGUUUCUGCCCGGUUACAGUGUGUUAUUAGACUGUAAUAAUGCCUCCCUCUUGCCUGUAUGGAGGCUGAAGAGAUGUGUGCAUACAAAUCUCCAACUCGUACAUGGUUGAAAUGCAGCCUUUGGUACAAAUGUAAGAGUCAUAGCUAUUGUUCUGUCUGCUUUUGCCACAAACUACACCUAUUAUUAUUGCCUCUUUUCCUGCCCGACACUGACAUGAGGUUGAACAUGAGGGAACGUGGCCUUGGGCUGAAAAAGGUUCCUCAUUCCUGACUAUUAUAGUUGUCACAGCAUGACAUUUUUUGGACUCCAAAGAAUAUUCUAGAAACUUGCUGGUCUUGUACCCAGCACUGAACAGUUCCAGAUCACAUUUAGCCACCACAGAUUCCCUGCUGAGGUGAGAGAGACAUCACUUCUGCCUUCUCUCUGGAUGGAAGCCUUUUAUGAAUAUCUGUGGGUGAGACAGGAAUGUUGCUGAGUUCCAUGGAAUUCCUUUUUCUCUGCACAAUGGUGGACCAAAUGCUUGAGAGCUGUGAUGUUUCACAUGAAGCCUUAUAGGCACUUUUUCUUAGACAAGUGAUUAAUAGAAUGCUGUAUUUAUAAAAAUGCUUAUUAAUGCAGCAUUUGUCAAAAAUGUGUGAGAGAAUAAGAUGGUGACUCUGUUGUUAAAGCGCUGAAUUGUAAAUGACUAGGGGGUUUUUUAGUGAACAUUGCAGGUCCUUGUAGUGAAAGAAGUUUGAUAGUGCAGUGGAUCAGAUGCUGCAAUUGAUUGUGCUGUUCAUUUUUAAAAAUUAUAUUUUGAGUGGUGUACUUUUUAUCGUUUGAUUUGUUGAUGUCUUUUGGCUAAGCAAUAAAAGACAUGACAGGCCAAGACCCAGAACUAGAUAUCAACAAUCUCAUUUCAUGAUGAUUAAGCCAGUAUUGCAAUAUGAGGAGCUCUAAUGAUUUCUAACUUUGAUGAUCAAGAACCAUUGUUUAUUUUCAGUCUAGUUCAGUUAAUAAUACCACUAGCUUUUGCGUUUCUCACCUUAGAGGGCUAGCUUCUGAAUAUAUUUGCUGUGCCAUUAGCAACUGUGAUGGGAUGAUGAGCUGCUUGUGCGUAAAAUCGUAUCCCCUCAGAGUUUGUUCAAGUCCACAAACCUCUGUCUGUGACAGAGCCCCUCAGACAUGGCUACUCUAGUCACUAGCAGAUUCCGACAGUGGGUGCUGUCGUAAUCGCUUCCAACAUAAAAGCUCCUUAACGGAAACACGUCUUCUGGAAUCUCUGCGUGACAGUUUCCGGCGAGGAGUGGGUGUUCUUACAGGAGGUCCUGAAACCUCUCCACUGUUUUCGCUGGAAGUGUCUCUGAGCCAUCCCUCCAGCUCAGCUCCUCUCCCCCUGCUGGUUCCCUCAUCAGCUGCUGCGUCUCUCCCAACCUGUGUGAGCCCUUUCACCUCCCUGUUGGUUUCCUCUUCAGCUGCUGCGUCUCUCCCAACCUGUGUGAGCCCUUUCACCUCCCUUCCGUCCGAUGGCAGUUCCCUGACAGCAACUAUAUAGAAAUAAAGUUUAGCUCCUGCAGGACUGUAGCGGUUGGAAAAGCUGUAAAUUCUUCAUCUGUAAGCUGUUAAAGCCGUGGAAGUUGAGAGUAUAUCCCACUGAAGUGUCAUAAGUUUGAGACAGUAAUAACUGUGGGUUGCAUCCAACCAAGUCCUAUUCAGAGUAGACCUAUAAAAAUUACUGGGGCUAUGUUAGUCAUGUUCAUUCAUUUCUGUGGACGUAUUCUGAGUAGGGCUAACACUAGAUAUAACCCUAUGUAAAGGAGCUGUAGUGCAAAGUACAUGCAAAAGACUCUAGUCAAAUAACUGGCAAUCUUUAGCACUACGUAUUCAGACCUGCAUCAUGGUCUGUAGAAUUUGUGGGAAUGAAGUUUUGAUACUAGUUAUUGCUGGUGCAAAUAAGCCUUUUCAGGGACUGUUUGAAACAAGAGGGGGGGAACCUGGUUUUUCCACUAGCUUUGUUACUGUUGUCAAAUAUAGUAGAAGUAAUCUUUCAGGUUACCAUAGUUCAUUAAUUUAUAAUUAGAUUUAUCUUCUGCAUUUUCUCCAAGGAGCAUGAAGUUUUUAAGUUUGUCACAGUGCUUAUUUGUUAGUAUUCAAAUGUUUAAUAAAUGCUAUCUUUAAAAAUUAACUACUAGUAAGUAGUAAGGAAAAAUUAACAAGAUGCAGACAUUCAUUAGUGAGCAUUUGAAUCUUAGGGCAACAAAAUAAGAUAUUUUUAAACAUGAAUGUGGUGUAUUACAUCUAUGCCAAUCCCACUAAUGCUGUUAUUUUGCUUACUUUAGAAUGGCGGGUAGUGGGAACAUGUAGAAGAUCAUUGUAGCAUUCUGCCUACCAGCUUGUCCCAUUCUACAUUUUUCUGUAGCGGGAUGUUGAAUAAUAUAAUAAAUCUAAAGUGCUCACAAAAGAAAUUACAAAUUCAAUUUGAAAUUAAAGUAAAAGUUUUUAAACAUUGCUAGUUUUGAAGAACUGGAGUACUACUUUAUUCAUAUUCUUGGCAAGAUAUCAGUUACAUUAUAAGGAUUUUUGUUAUGUUAUAGAAAAUAAUUUUGUUGUCGAUUUUAAGAAAUACCGUAUUUUUCGCCCUAUAGGAUGCACUUUUCCCCCUCCAAAAAUGAAGGGGAAAUGUGUGUGCGUCCUAUGGAGCGAAUGCAGGCUUUCGCUGAAGCCUGGAGAGCGAGAGGCGUCGGUGCGCACCAACCCCUCUCGCUCUCCAGGCUUCAGGAAGCUAUCCGCGGGCUCACAAGGCUUGCGGGCAGCAGCCUGCAGCCCGAAGCACGGGGCGCCCUCCGGAGGACACCCCUUGCUUCGGGCAGGUGUCCGCAAGCCUUGCGCGCCCGGGGGGAGUUCCCGUGGGGUCGCAAUGCUUGCGGGCGGCAGCCUGCAGCCCAAAGCACGGGGCGCCCUCCGGAGGGCGCCCCGUGCUUCGCACAGGUGUCUGCAAGCCUUGCGAGCCUGGCGGGAGUUGCCGCCGGGCUUGCAAGGCUUGCGGAUAGCAGCCUGUUCUGGGGGCUGGGGUUGGGGGAAGCUCAGGCCUCCCCCACCCCAGCCCCGCGGCUGGGGGCAGGGACUAUUUUUUUUUAUUCAUUCCCCCCCCCCAAAAAAAACGAGGUGCGUCCUAUGGGCCAGUGCGUCCUAUAGGGCAAAAAAUAUGGUAUAUAUUUAGUUUAAAAAGUUAUACAUUGUUUCAUUCCAUUUCCAAUAAUUUUGUAGAUCAGACAUUGGCCUGGUUCACAUGGGUGGCAUGGCAGCUGGUGCCCCCUGGUUCACAUCUAGCUUUCUCACCAACCAGAGGAUAAUGAGGUAACCUUCUGUAUUGUGUUGUUAUGAUAGGUCUGGUUCAAGGCAAGGCAUAAACUGUGCUAUAGAGCAGAGCUGUAUUGCUUCAGUAAAUGUCAAUCUGAGAUUUGGCCCUAUGUAGAAAUAGCAGCUGCAUCCCUGUUGCUAGUCCCACCCUCACUUUUCAUGUAAAGGACUCUAGCCUGCUCCACCAGUAAGCAGUAAGCCCACAACUUAUGUAGGGGUUAUGUUCUGGGGAUUACACAUAAAUCCAAAAUCAUGUACAAUCAAAACACAUUGGGUUCAGUGGUGGAUGAGAUUCCCAAAGUCAUUUCCUCUGAAACUCCACCCUCUUUUAAUUUUUUGCUGUGCAUGUAAAGCUGAAUGCACACAAGUUAAAUGCAUGUAUGUUCAGCUCACUGCAGUACAUCUUCCAGCUGGAAGACACUGGUACUGCAUGCUUAUCUGAUGGAAGUGCUUUCUGGGGCUGCUCUUGUGUGCCCUCCCUCUUCGGCUUCAGAGUGUUCAGUCUCAAACAAGUAGGGGAAUCCAAUUGACGUCUUGUGCCUCUAAAAAUGGACCUGUGUUAAGAGAGCAUAGUUGCAAGGCUUUCAGGAUUUCCACAUCUGGGGAAGCAUUUUAUUAACAAUCUGUUUUAUGGUUGCGUAGGAUAUCCUGUUUAAUUUGGCUUUCAUUUAGCAUGGGGCUCAGAGCCAAAGAACUUCACAGCAUUUUUGUGCAGUUUGGGACACUGUGGCCUGGUAUAUGUGUUAUGCAGUAGUUCCCUAAGCUGCAUGGCAAAUAGAGUUUUGACACUGAGGAAUACUUUUCAAAAAUAAUUCAUAACAUGGCAUAAGGGUUUGCAGUUCAAAACAAAAAGAAAGAAUGGUUGUAUAUUUCAGUCUGUUUGAACUUCUUUGUACUUCUUGAACUUGAGAGACACAUUGUGUGCUUUAUGGAUCCCACAUAAAUGUAACAGAAUUUUAUGUUCUUGUUAGAGGUGUUGAGCAUCAGAUGCCAACUUUGUUCAUAGGGGUCAGGAAUGUCACCUUAUGCAUGACCUUGGAAGAAAGCAUGGUUUGUUUCAUUAUUAGGUUAUUAGGCAUAAACGGAAACGUAAUCCAUAUAUGAUAUUACUAUGAUAUUUAAAGUAGUACAUUCUGGCAAAACUCAAAGUGCUACCUGAAAAAUCUGUUAUUUGCAGCAAAAGUUAUCACCAUACACUGAAAAAUCUAAGGGGUCUUUCUUGGUAUCAGAAUGGACGAAGACGCUGAGGGUAGCUGUUAUAACCAAGCUGACUGGUCUAAUACAUAGGCAAGAAGCAAUAACAACUUGGUGCUUUAUGAUUAUGUAAGUUGUCAUCUGGUAUUUACAAUGAACUAUAUUUGAGUAUUUUAUACUUUUACAUUUAAAAAAUACUAAGUUCUCUUCAGUAGGUAUCUUUGAAUGGUCACUGUUCUUCUUAUGUCAGCUUUUAUUAGAGCCAUUCAGCUUGACUAAAUCAACUUUGUCAGGUCUAUUAGAAUGCUAUUCAGUUGCUCAUUUUAUGUAGACUAUCAGACUGAAAUGAUUGGCUACUAUUGUUUGUUUUGUUUACUCUAGUCAUUCUAGCUUAAGUUUUCAGUGUAUUCAUAAGCAUCAAAAAAUAUUCUAAUGACUCCUUGUAUUUUAUUUCUAUGACUUAAAAAUUGUUUUAAAAAUAAAUAUCUAAACUGUUUAAUGUGUGACCUCAAUACAAGCUAUGUGAACAAACCAGAUUUGCAAACAAGUGCUCCAAAGUUACUAGCACUCACAAACAAAAAUACUGGUUUUACUCCCUAUGCAUUCUUGUAUCAGUUUUUGAGGUCAACAGAAAAAAAUAAGUCAAUGGUUGUAAAGCUCCCCCUUUUGGUUGUCUAGAAGUGGUUCUUAUGUGUCACAGGUGACUAUAAGCAUAGUAUAAGUGUAAAAGUAUUGGGCAAAAUUUAACAUUAGACAAGUAGGGAUGGAUGGAACAGUCAUAAUCCAGUUCAUGUCCCUUGAACACGAGUAGUCUAGUAAGUCUGUUCCUUUGAAUGGCCAUGCAGAUUUAUUUGACUCUUUUUUUUCCUUUUAAAAAACCAGUUACAGCUCUUUAGAGCAGCUAGAAAGUGUGGUGCUGCCAUACUCAUUGAUAAGAUAUGAGUAAAAAGCUCCUGGAAGAGGCAGCGCAUUAUGAUGUGCCACCAUUUCCUGGGUGAUUCUACAGCACAAAGAUGGUUACCUGCCUUGCAGUAAUGAGUGCAUAAAACAUAAUUUAUUUCUGAAGACUCAAGCACCAAAAAAACAUGUUCUGAAACCCACAAGUUUAAAGAGGUAAACUGUAUAGUACAUGAUGGCCAACCAAAUUAUGGUUUUUACUCUUAUCAUUUGCUUGAUCACUAAAACUUGCUCUAAUUUUUUGUGUCUUGCCUGGUGUUAUGUAGUGGCCAUAUCUCCUUAAAAGUAUUACCUUACCCACAUGGCGUUUACAGGUGCACAUGUACCUGCAGAGAAUUUCCCUGGCAUGCACAGGCCCCCUCCCCAGGAUAUAUGCCAUCCCUUAAAGUUCCCUCAUUAUUAAAAUUUGGUUGCACUAGAGAUCAUUUCAUUUCAUUCUUUAUUUCAUCUAUUAUACAGAGAAAUGGAAAGAAUCAUCUGUAUUAUAUGUGUACCUGUUCAAGGAGGGGGUGUUGGGGGGAAGUUUGAUAUGAGUUUGUGAAAAAGUGAGGAGGAACAGGUUUGCAAUGGAACCCCAGAAGGUUAGUGAAACAUUUUAGUAACAUAAUACCUUUAUUAACUGAAUAUCACCAAGCAAUGAGCUAUCGUAUAAGUUUCACAUAAAUCUUCCCUGAAGUUCAGUAGAGGCGAGGGAGGGAAGAAGAGAGAAUGAUAUUCCUAAUAAGAAACAUGGCAUAAGCCUCUUCUGUAAUGUAUGUAUCUGUAAUGUGACUUUCUUAAGAAAACUCAGAAAGCUGCUGGAAGACUGUUAGUUUGUGCAGUGCAGAAUAUCUGACUUACAUACUUGUACUUUGUCCUAUACCAGCAAUAUAAUUUUCCUCUGCUCACUCUUCUCUGCAUAAGUCAUAUGGUCUCUUUUCUUUAACAUCUAUUCUAUUCAUGUUUGCUUUUAAUUUCAGAAGUCUUUCUAAGCGUUUUUUAAACAUUCUCUUCCCCCCUCUGUGCCUCCGGUUAUAAGCAUAGGUCGGGAUUCAAAGAACUGUGAAAAUAGCUUCAUGUGCCCGGAAUGGUUUUGGAUUUGUUUCCCAAACAGCAGCCGUGUCUACCCCUUAAAGCCUAAUGGUAAACCACAUUUGAAACUGGGAAGAAUUAAGGGAGCUUUCUGCUCAAAAUGGGGAGGGAAACUUAAAAUUCCCACUAGGUUAGCUCAACCCCUAGAAUAGCUGUUUGGGUGUCUGGCAUAAUAAUAAAAAGUCUAGGCAUUGUAAGUGAGAGUGAAACACAGUUUUAAAGACUACCAGUACUGGAUGCAGUACUUGCGUCAUUUAUUAUCCCCCACCCCGGACUUGUGUAAUGUUUGGCAGAAUAUUCAUAUUCUCAAAAGUUUAAAAACACAAGCUUCAUGUUACAACGUCCGCAGUCUAGAUUUCAAAAGACUUCUUUGCGCAUUUUAGUGGAUACUCUGCCCAAAAGGAGGGGGGGGGGAACUAUUCAAAUGGGAGAUAAGGGUUUAACCACCUUAACAGGAAAAGUAGGUCAAUAGGACACUAGGCUAUUAGGCCAGAAAGACACAAGCAGGUUCUCUGAGUCAUGCUUCACUUUGCUUUUCCUCCCCACUCCUUCUGGCAGAUUGCUUUUCUUUGUAUUUAGUUCUUGCUCUUUUUAGUUACUUUUAAAAACAAGUAAUCAUUAUUGUUUGUGUAGCUCUACUGGCAAGAGGAUAUAUUAAUCUUCUAAAAGAAAGUUCCAUGUUCUCUCAGUAUGAUUUGCUUCUUGGAAAUCUAAAAAUACCAGUUAGGAGGGAGGGAGUUCUACAACUGAAGAAGCUUUUCCAGAACUCCUUGCAGCUGAUAGGGGAAGAGAAUGGAAUGGCCAGAACAAGGGCAGUAUUUCCUGCUUGGAAAUAGACAGUGAGUGGGAUGGAGGAGGAGAAUUGAAUGUAGAGAUAUUUUCCCCAGUUCCCAAGAUCUUGGACUGUUUUGCAUUUUGAGAGCAGCAAAAUGUUGAAACCUCUGGAGUAAUGUAUUAGUCUGUAUGUUUGAGGGAUUUUCUUUUGCAUCCUGCCCAUUCUGGAGAACCAAUGUGUUAAUGUAAUGUUGGGGUUUAGAACAGAAGAUUCAUAUGGCAUGUCUACAUUCUUUCGGGCAACAGGAACAAAAUAAGCCUGUGCUAGCUGGCCUGUGCUGUGCAGAUACCAAUAUUGCGGUUGCGGUCAUUGACAGUGUGAAGUUAACAAAUAUUGGUUAAGCACUGUACCGAUUGCAUGAGUACACCAGCAGGCACCCAAUAGUUUAUUUCUUUAUUUAAAUAUUUAUAAACUGCAAUUUCAUAGAUAAUAUAAAGCAGCAUACAAAAUAAAGACAAUGCUACAGUAAGAACAGUUAAAUCAUGGAAAGCAUAUCAGCAAGAACUGACUGGUAAAGAAAAUCACAUUGCAAUUAUUUAUUUGAACACACUUUUUGAAAUUUAUUUAUUUAAAUAUUAUUAAACUGCACUUUCAUAGAAAGUAUAACAUAUAUAAAAUUAAUGAUACAUUACAAUAUUAAAAAACUGCAUGCUGAAUUUGUGCUGCUGCAGACAUAGUCUAACACAGGCUUCCUCAAACUCGGCCCUCCAGAUGUUUUGAGACUACAGUUCCCAUCAUCCCUGACCACUGGUCCUGCUAGCUAGGGAUCAUGGGAGUUGUGGGCCAAAAACAUCUGGAGGGCUGAGUUUGAGGAAGCCUAACAUGUGCAAAUGUUCCACCACUGUAGUUGAUCAUUUUUGUAGGGGAAAUCUUGGCAGAGAUCUGUGCUUUGUAAAUAGAUGUAGCAAUAUAAAACUAUCCAGCAGUUGGAGGCAGUUUUGGUAUGAAGAAACAAAGAAACAGAUUUGGGAACAUUGGUGGAAUAAAGAAGUAAGAAUUCAGAUAUAAGUAAAAUAAUAGAAACAAUUAUGAUACAGCACCUCCAGAGCUAUGGGUGGAAUCCAAAGAUUGUAAGAUUGGACAAUGUUCUUGCACAACCAAUCAUUAGAUUUACAGUACAUUGUCCCUGCUGUGUCUCUGAAUAGCUUCUCUGGGUGGGGAGGGGAAAUUGCCCAAAACUUGCUCAGCAUAUUUGGAAUUAAGGAAGCAAUACUUUACAUGGUUGUCUGGAGUAAAUCCCUUUGAAUUUAAUAGGGUUUGCCUCAGAAUAGACAUAUAGAAUAGAAUCAUAGAACUGUAUAUGGCUAGUAAUGGAAUUCAUGUAGUUGACAGCUCUGGUCAGAGAAGAUUAAAGUGUAGCUGCUCAAUGACUUUUCUCUUAUCACAGAUGAAUGUUUGUUUUCUUACAUCAAGCUAUUACAGUGUACAUAUAUAUAUAUUUCUGUUCCUGUACUUAAAAUAAAAAGUGUCUACUUAUUACAUGAAAAAAAUAAUUAGGUGCAGAAUCAUAAUACUAUUAUCUUUCUUUUUCUUUUUAACAGUACUGA